CGAAAGGAAGAUGUAAUGUGGACGAGUGACGAGUGCUCCCGCUACUACCUUUGCUUAGAAGGCGAUGUGUUCGACUUCCAAUGCUCUAAAGGUCUACUCUUCGAUGUCAACCGACAACUGUGCGAUAUGCCGCAAAACGUACACAAUUGUGACCUUACAACUGAAACAUUAAUACCUAAGCCACUGUUGGAAGACGCGAGAUGCGCUAACGAGACACAUCUCGGUUGCUCUGACAAUACUUGUGUUCCCGCUGAAUAUUUUUGCGAUGGUUCUUCUGAUUGCGAAGAUUCUUCUGAUGAGGGUUGGUGCGAUGUCACCUACGAUCCCAACGCCGCUGCACCUUGCGACACAGGUCUGUGUCACUUACCCGAAUGCUUUUGCACGAAGGAUGGAAAUCAAACGCCCAACAACCUUGUUCCGAGCCAGACACCACAAAUGAUAACUCUAACAUUCGAUGGGGCAGUUAACCACGAAAACUGGGACACGUAUUCGAGGCAUCUCUUUACGCCUGAUCGCACAAAUCCUAACGGAUGUCAUAUAAGGGCGACAUUCUUUGUAUCGCAUCCGUACACUAACUACCGACACGUACAGAAAUUGUGGAACGAUGGACACGAAAUCGCAGUUCACUCUAUAACACAACGCGGCCCGGAGGAAUGGUGGUCAAAGAAUGCUACCGUCGAAGACUGGUUCGACGAAAUGGUCGGACAAGCUAACAUAAUCAAUAGAUUCGGAAAAGUUUGGAUGGAAGAUUUCAGAGGAAUGCGGGUUCCAUUUUUGUCUGUUGGAUGGAACAGACAAUUUCUUAUGAUGCAGGAGUUCGGCUUCGUGUAUGACGCUACAGUGGUAGCGCCAUUAGCCAAUCCUCCGUACUGGCCAUAUACGUUAGACUACAAAAUGCCUCAUCCUUGUACAGGAAACAAUCAAUACUGUCCUACAAGAAGCUACGCUGGUUUAUGGGAAAUGGUCAUAAAUCCCCUUGUCAAUGGUGACCACACUUGCGCCACGUUAGACUACUGUCCCUCUAAUAUCACCGGAGAUGACGUAUAUGAAAUAUUAUUAAACAAUUUUAAACGACAUUAUUUAAAAAAUCGAGCACCGUUUGGUGUACAUCUUAGCGCGACGUGGUUGAAGAAUACUAACUACUUGACUGCUUUGAAGAAAUUCAUAGAUGAACUGCUAAAACUUCCUGACGUUUACUUCGUUACCUAUCGUCAAGUAAUCGAUUGGAUAAAACGACCAACGCCGGUUUUACAACUCCGAAAGUUUCAACCAUGGCAGUGUAACAACCGCCACUUCGAAGAAAUGGAAAUUGCUUGCAAUAAACCAAAUACUUGCAAAUUACCUUCUAAAGUCUUAGAACACGACAAGUAUAUGAUUACAUGCAUGGAUUGUCCAAAAUCUUAUCCCUGGAUAAGAAACGAAUUCGGUUUUGAAUGA